CUGACAAGGCGAGCGUGGGACCUCCGCGAUCGGUGGUCGCGUUUUCCACCCCACCCCCGCGCGUCAUAACUUCCCGACUUAAACUUUAUGAACUCGAUUGACUCAAUCUCAUGAUUCCACAUUCUCUUUUACUAUAACCAUGGACGCUGAACAUUUUACGUCUCCUAAGCGGGAAUUCCCCAAGAAGAAGUGCGGUGUGCUCGGCGCAACUGGCUCUGUCGGCCAACGCUUCAUCCUUCUCCUUGCUCUCCACCCACAUCUCGAGCUACACGCUGUCGGAGCCUCGGAGCGAUCGGCUGGCAAGAAGUACAAAGAUGCGGUCAAGUGGAAGCAAGCGCUGCCGUAUUCGGAGCGCAUUGGAGAAUUGGUAGUAAAGAAAUGCGUACCCGAAGAAUUCAAGGACUGUGACCUGGUCUUCUCUGGACUUGACAGCGAUGUUGCGGGAGACGUUGAGAUGGCCUUCCUCAAGGCUGAACUUGCCGUCUUCUCCAACGCAAAGAACUACCGCCGCGAUCCUCUCGUCCCACUCGUCGUUCCCACUGUAAACCUUCCACAUCUCGACGUAAUCAAGCACCAGAGGCAGCAUCACAAGCUCGAAAAGGGCUUUCUAGUGUGCAACUCAAACUGCGCUGUCAUUGGAAUAGUGAUACCUUUUGCGGCUUUGCAGGACAAAUUUGGUCCCAUUAACCAAGUGUCAGUUGUUACAAUGCAAGCAGUCUCAGGCGCUGGCUACCCCGGCGUCAGCAGCAUGGACAUCAUCGACAACGUCGUACCCUUUAUUUCUGGCGAAGAAGACAAGCUAGAGACUGAGGCCUCUAAAAUCCUUGGUAGUGUCAACGAGGGUGUCACUGGUUUCGUGGACCAGCCCAUGAAGAUUUCCGCUGCAUGCAACCGCGUUCCAGUCCUGGAUGGACACACUGCAUGCGUAUCGCUACGCUUCCAGCGUCGCCCACCACCCAGUGCAGAUGAGGUCAAGCAGGCGAUGCGCGAUUAUGUUUCGGACGCGCAAAAGCUAGGAUGCCCCUCUGCGCCUAAGAAGGCAAUUGCAGUCAUGGACGAGCCUGACAGGCCGCAGCCAAGAUUGGACAGGGAGACUGACAGAGGAUACACUGUCAGUGUGGGUAGAAUACGGGAGGAUGAGUCUGGUAUUUUCGAUAUCAAGUUUGUUGCAUUAAGCCACAACACGGUUAUUGGGGCAGCAGGUUCUUCCAUUCUCAAUGCCGAGGCCGCAGUGCUGAAGGGAUACGCCUAAAAUGGACAAUAAAGAAAAAAACGUUGAUAGCAUUGAAGUCGAAUCAAAAUAUUAGGGUUAAAAUUCACCGGACUUAAUAUCCUGACGUGUUGUGACGGACUGAUCAGCAAUGUCCAUUCAAGGGUUGUGCAGACCCGAACACGAAAUUGAAGAAAUUAGAGCAUUCUCACACGGUUCAAUCUCAAUCACUG